AUGGUCCUCCGACAACUCGGAACCGCGCAUGCUGGAAACGAGAACCAGGAGAACAAUCGACCAAAAGGACGUAUUCAAAUCAUUUCUCAAGGAUUGAACCCUCCAGGAACGCUCCGGACAACACACGUAGGCACGCUCUCGCUGAACGCGCACACCGACUCGUCUAUCUCAGUCACAAAUCUCGGCGGAGGUCAGCAGAUAACCAUGGACAACCGCAAGCACCCAAGUUCAAUCCAGCAGCUGGAGAAGCUCGGUGAAGGCACUUAUGCGUCCCUGACCAGCGUCAACAAUCUGAUGAUUAUUGUUGUGUCAUCGCAACCAGGUCGCAAUCGUGCUCCAUGUUUUUGCUGCAAGGCUAGACGGAUAACACUCGGAUAA